AUGAGCGAAAGAAAAUUCGCGGAAAAAGCAGCAGCAGCAGAAGCAGCAGCCACAGCAGCCCAACGCGCUUUCUUAGAAGCCGAAGCAUCUCUUACUCUCGACACCUCCACUGCGGUUAAUCCCAACGCCCAAACAGCGCUGAGCGCAGAAGAAUUCAGGAAAACCCUGGAGCAAACCGCUAUCACAUCUAAGGAGGAGGCGAGGGCGAAGAACUUCUGGGUUCCCGAGAAUACACCAGAUGAACCUCAAGCGAAGCCCAAGACUCCGCAGAAGUGGGUGUCAAACUCUUUUCUGGGGAUUCGGGUGUAG